UGGCAAUGUCUGACAAUUAAAAUUAAUUGUACCACUGCAAUAAAACACAAUUCUUCAGCCUACAAAAUACCAUAUUGCACUAUAAUGUAAAUUGUACCUCUAUUUGGAAAUGUAAUUUUAAAAAUGAUAGAAUCAAACCAAAUCAUCACCAGAUUUUUUGUAAUAUAUUUUUGGGCACAGCAAUGGGGACCAUAAAAUAUUAACUCUUCUCAUUCGUCCCUGACAAGGGGCUGACUCAUACAGUACGCAUUUACUUUGGCCACCUUGAAUUUGCUUUAUAAAUAUUUAUUGUUUUAUUUAUGUGUUAUUGAUUGUGGGUGUUACAAUCACAAAAGGUAAAAAAAUUAAAUGAAAAGAAAGUAAUAAGUGAAUAAUAAAAAAAAGUUUUAUACAAGAUAAUGAUAAUGUAGAGUUGUUGACUUGUUAUAUGUUUUACAACAACAAAGCGAAUCAAAGUUCGUUUCAUUUUUAAACGGGUAAGUUGUGUAACUUCACAGGGCAAAGUCCCUAAACCACGUGAUAAACUCGCUACGCGCGUGCGUUAAUGUAUUCAUAUGUUUGUAAACAGAAUUACCGUGUCUACUACGUGUUUUAAACGUUUAUGUUUUAUUUUAAAAUGAGUAAGUUAUGGUAAUGAAUUCCUCUGGCGUGGUUCGACGGGUUAUUUCCAGUCUUUAAUUGCCCUCUAUGAGGUGCCCCCGGUUGACUCGACCUGCCCCAUCACGCAGACAGACAGAACGCGACAGCUGCAUCGCUGGACCGCACCCCUCAUGUAAAUCUAACGAGGAGAGUGAAGCGCCGAUUGGUCGAGCGCGAUCGUCGGUGAUUGGUUCCUUGAGAGUGGCGUAAUUCGCGAGUCAUCAGCAUCUUCGUGACGUCGGUGGGUCGCCUAUAUAUAUUGAAGGCGAAAGACAAAUCCAUCAAUGAAAUAGUAGAGAGGUAGACUCUGGGAGAGAGAUACACCGACAGCAUUCCGACUAUAUUGACAAAUACAAGACCAACAAUUAUCAGAAUGAAGUUUAUUAUUGGAAUUGGAGGCGUGACAAAUGGAGGGAAGACAACGCUGACGAAUAGACUUUUAAAGACUUUACCAAACUGUUGUGUAGUACAUCAAGAUGAUUUCUUCAAGCCCCAAGAUCAAAUAGAGGUCGGGGACGACGGCUUUAGACAGUGGGAUGUGAUUACCGCCUUAGAUAUGGAAGCUAUGGUGAACACAGUUAAGGGAUGGAUCGAGAACCCGGUCAAGUUCGCCCGCUCUCAUGGCGUCACCGUUUCAGCCAUCCAAGAUGGCUCAGACCCUCAAAGCGAGAUCCACAUCCUUAUUGUGGAGGGAUUUCUGCUUUAUAACUACAAGCCUUUGCUUGAUGUCUACAGCAAGUGUUACUAUGUGACCAUUCCAUACGAGGAGUGCAAAAGGAGAAGAAGUACGAGAACCUACACCGUUCCUGACCCUCCUGGUCUGUUUGAUGGCCAUGUUUGGCCCAUGUACUUGAAACAUAGAAAAGAGAUGGAGAAUAACAACAUCGAUAUCCAAUAUCUGGAUGGGAUGAAAUCCAAAGGUGAGAUCUACAACAAAGUUUAUGAAGACAUUCAGAACGCACUGUUGAAUAUUUUAUAGCAUCUCCUGUUAACAUGAAGAUGUUUGUGUAUAGAAUUGUAAAUAGCAUUGUAGUAGAUAUGCCAUCUGCUGCUGUAAAUAUGAUAAAAUAUUAACUUAUUUUACAAUUGAUGGCAAAAGCCUGGAAUUUUGUAUUGAUCUGUGUAACUUUAUUAAAAACUCAUUACCCUCUGGACUGCCAGAGACGAACAUUG